AUGGUAGAGAGGGAGGAAGAGGAGAAAAUGAAGGCGGAGAAGGAGCGGUUCAAGGUAAAAUAUUUAUUAUCAAAAAAUAAAGCCCAGUUGGAAUUCCUGGAAGAUCCUGAGAAGAACGUGGGAAAUAAAUUGGUCACCUUUCAAUUCAAAGAUGCAAUUGUUAAGAAAAAGGAUAGAAAGUCAAAACCAAAGGGAAAACAAAGAAUAGAGACUGAUUUGAAGAACUUGAAAGCUAAUAGAAAGCCAUCAUUGAAGGAGAAAGAGGAAAAGGAGGAGGAAAAAAUGAGGAAAAAGAGGCUGAAGCUUCAGGUGGAAAUGUUGAAAGUGGAGAUCCAGAAAAGACUAAAGCCAGAUGUAGAAGAAAGAGAAAAGAGAUUGCAAAAGGUUAAAGAAAAUGAAUCCGGAUUGAAGGAGAUAGUAGGAAAGGACAGGUUGAAAAAGAAAGUGUGGAGAGAAAUGAAAGUAGAGAAAGAGGAAGGAAAAUCAGAGGAGGAAAAGGUAAUGAAGUCCAAGGUGGAAAUAGAGGAGACUGGUUUUGAGGAAGACAGAGGGGAUAAUGAGAAAAGGCAGGCAGUAGAGAGGAAAAGACUGAAGGCAGAAAAGGAGGAACAGAAGGCAGGGAAAGAAAAUCAAAUAUCAAAAAGAGAAGAGAAGGAGGAAAAAAUGAAAUGUAAAACAGAGGCAAAAUUGAUGACAAAGAAGGAGGCAGAGGACAUACUGCUAACACAUAUGGAAGGAAUAUUAGAAUCAGAAAGAUUGAAGGUUAAAAUAGAGUCAGAGAUACAAUUUAAAGAGAAAGUAGAAGAAAAGAACAAGAAAUCAGGGGCAGAAAAAGGCGAAAAUCUGGAGGCAAAAGAGAGCAUGAAGUCUGAGGAAGAGGAAAAAAGAAAACCAGCAGCAGAGAAGGAUAUAGAGCAUUAUUUAAAGAUAAUUAAGGAAGAAAGAUCGAACUCAAAAAUUAAACUUAAAACAGCAAUGAAGAUAGAAAAAGAGGAAAAUUUGGAGGAAGAAAAAGCCUUGAAAUCAGAAGCUGAGAAGAAUGAGAGCACUUCAGAGGAAGAGAGGCAGGAAGAAAAAAUUGUAAUGAUGAAUAAGGAGCUUGAAGAAAGACUAAGCUCAGAGAAGAAACUGAAACCAGCAAAGAAGGCAGAAAAAUCAGAGAGGGAAAAUGAGGAAACUUUGGAGGCCGAAAAGGUCAUGAAACCAGAAGCUGAGAAGAAUAAUAGAACAUCAGAAGUAGAGAGUAAAGAAGAGGGAAAUGUUAAGAUGAAUAACAAACUCAAAGAAAGAGUGAGCUCAGAUACAAAACUGAAAACAGCAAGGAAGACAGAUAAAUCAGAGACAGAAAAAGAGGAAAGUUUGAAGGCCGAAAAGGUCAUGAAACUAGAAGCUGAGAAUAAUAGAACAUCAGAAGUAGAGGGGGAGGAAGAGAAAAAUGGAAAGAUAAAUAUGGAAGAAGGAUUAAAAGAGAAGAGAAAGAAAUCUAAAGCAGAAAAGGAGGAAGAGGAAUACUUAAAGAUAAAUAAAGAGGAAAGACUGAGCUCAGAGACCAAAUUAAAUACAGUCAUGAAUGCUGAAAAAUCAGAGACAGAAAAGGAGGAAUACUUGGAGGCAAAACAGGUCAUGAAGUCAGAAGCAAAGAAGAAGAAAGCAUCAGAAGUACAGAAGGAGAAAGAAGAAAAGAUCAAAAUUAAUAAGAAGCUCAGGACAAAAAUGGGCAAAAGGACCAAACAGAAAAGAGAAAAGAAAAGAGAAAAGUUAAAGAAAGAAAACGAGGAAACUCUGGCAUCAGAAAAAGUCUCUAAAUCAGAAGCUGAGAAGAAUAAGAGCACACCAGAGGUAGAGAAAGAGGAAGAGAAAAGUUUAAGGAUGAAUAAGGAGCUUGAAGAAAGACUAAGCUCAGAGACGAAACUGAAACCAGUAAAGAAGGCAGAAAAAUCAGAGAGGGAAAAUGAGGAAACUUUGGAGGUCAAAAAGGUCAUGAAACCAGAAGCUGAGAAGAAUAAUAGAACAUCCGAAGUAGAGAGAAAAGAAGAGGGAAAUGUUAAGAUGAACAACAAACUCAAAGAAAGAGUGAGCUCAGAUACAAAACUGAAAACAGCAAGGAAGACAGAUAAAUCAGAGACAGAAAAAGAGGAACGUUUGAAGUCCGAAAAGGUCAUGAAACCAGAAGCUGAGAAGAAUAAUAGAACAUCAGAAGUAGAGGGGGAGGAAGAGAAAAAUGGAAAGAAAAAUAUGGAAGAAAGAUUAAGCUCAGACACCAAAAUGAAUAUAGAGAUGAAAGCAGAAAAAUCAGAGACCAAAGAAGAGGAAAAUUUGGAGACAGAAAUGCCAGAAGAGAAGAGAAAGAAAUCUAAAGCAGAAAAGGAGGAAGAGGAAUACUUAAAGAUAAAUAAAGAGGAAAGACUGAGCUCAGAGACCAAAUUAAAUACAGUCAUGAAUGCUGAAAAAUCAGAGACAGAAAAGGAGGAAUACUUGGAGGCAAAACAGGUCAUGAAGUCAGAAGCAAAGAAGAAGAAAGCAUCAGAAGUACAGAAGGAGAAAGAAGAAAAGAUCAAAAUUAAUAAGAAGCUCAGGACAAAAAUGGGCAAAAGGACCAAACAGAAAAGAGAAAAGAAAAGAGAAAAGUUAAAGAAAGAAAACGAGGAAACUCUGGCAUCAGAAAAAGUCUCUAAAUUAGAAGCUGAGAAGAAUAAGAGCACACCAGAGGUAGAGAAAGAGGAAGAGAAAAGUUUAAGGAUGAAUAAGGAGCUUGAAGAAAGACUAAGCUCAGAGACGAAACUGAAACCAGUAAAGAAGGCAGAAAAAUCAGAGAGGGAAAAUGAGGAAACUUUGGAGGUCAAAAAGGUCAUGAAACCAGAAGCUGAGAAGAAUAAUAGAACAUCCGAAGUAGAGAGAAAAGAAGAGGGAAAUGUUAAGAUGAACAACAAACUCAAAGAAAGAGUGAGCUCAGAUAAAAAAAAUGAAAACAGCAAGGAAGACAGAUAA